AUGAUUCCCCCAUCCUGGGCAGGAACGAUGAUGGUCUCAACUCCUCAAAGCUCAGCUACGACAAGCAAAACGAUGUCCUCCAAACACUACUCCAAAAAUCUCACUGGCAUUUACUUGGGAGCGGCUCACCAGCCAGAUUUACAGAGACGCACAGUUGACAGAAGUUUCAGCAUACCUCCCCUCGUCAGGGGAAGGGGUCAAAAGUUUCGCGUUAAAAAUUCAACUGCGGAGAGAAGAAAUAGGAUGGUGGAGUUGAUUCGACUAAAGGAAGAAAAGCGAGGCUUUGGUGGAAAUCCUUUAAGGAGAAAGCUGGUUCGCUCUGCAGCCCCCGCAUUAGUACGCGAGGGGUCUGAAAUGAAGAGUUCUAAAGAUGAUCGUGACUGUGUAAAGCCUGUGUCCCCCAGACUAGGGCGCUCACGUUCAUUACACAACGCUCAUAUCAAAGACCCCUAUGGUUUUAUCAGGAUGAACACUAGACAGUACACUGCAGCUAUCAACUCAGGGAUGACCCAUUUUGAGUACCUUGUGGGUGGGGCAGGGUCACUCAGGGUUGGAGGAGUCCAUUGUCCCACUAGCAUACCCGGUACGGAUCUGGAUGAAAUGCUUGGGAUGGAGGAGUGGUACAGAGUUUUCUGCAAGAGAAAUGGGGACUCGCUAAGUGCUUUAGCCCCUCAGUCCAGACGAGGCAGAAGUUACGAUGACCACACCAAUGACUACACUGGAUUUUCAGUCAGGAGUUACAGGAACCCCCAUCUAGCUGAGCUGUUGCCUGAUUUUGUGAGGACAGAAACACACCGAGGGGGCACCUUCUCAUGCCCUAAACUCUAUAGUCUUCAGGGCUCAACGAGGCCACUUAAUCAGCACAACUCAACCAAUACAUGCCCCAGAAAGUCAUCAUUCCUUCAGAAAUAUGCCUCAUCUCGGACACCCUUUGAAGACAGCCACUUAAGAAUCACCGGUACAGGCACAGCUUGUCACUACCCACUUGUCGGCUGUGUCACCCACCCCGAACAGAAGAAAUCUGAAACAACCCUCAAGACUGGGAGGUCAGAAUAUGCAGAUAUUAAGAGAGCCUGGAAUUCCACCUCCCUUGUUAGCAGUGCACCCGAGAAAACAAAGAUAGAAGAAAGCUGUGCAGCACUACGUGUUGUAGCAAGAUCGAUGCCUCCAGAGAACAACAGUUUGGUGAGAGCUAAACAGAAAAACUCAACUCAGGAAAACUCGCCUCUUAGUGUAGAGAGUCAAAAAAACGACCAAUCGGACAUUCUCAGCCAAAACAUGGAGAAAGUCAAUUGUGAUAGUGCUGUUGUAAAGCCAACAUUGGCCACAAAGAAAGAAGACAUUCCAUCUGUUUCCCCAAAGGGUAGCCAGCAGCUCAGCCCUAAACCCCACGCUGCCCCUAUCAUCAGUCUGGACAAUGAGGAUGGGGAAUCCAAAAUUGUGGACAUUGAUGAAGAGGAGCUUCUGGCCUCAGGCGGGUCAUUAGCAGCAUCACGCGAGGACCUCAGCGAUACACAGGAAAACAAAGAAAAUGUAGAGGAUCAGGCAGAGGAAGGACAAACUGGUGAAAUCAAAACUCUGACCACUAAAUCUAGGUCAUCAGAGGCCAUUGUUGCCUCAAUCAAGGAGAAUGCCGAGCAGCGACAAAAAGACUUUGAGAAGUUGUUGGAUGAACAUGCUGUUCUUGUUCAGGAGAUUACCAGGGCUUCCAGCUCUGACAACUUGACGCAGGAAAACACACGCGAGUAACCUCCCUUGAUCCUCCUAUCAACAUUACACAUCUGAACUUCAGUCUUUCGCAUUUGCAAUUUAAGAGACAGGUCCAGCAGUGGUGUUUUUUUUUUUUUUUGGUGUGAAGACAGAAAGAUUC